CGGGAGGGUGUGUAUGCGACCUGUGUAGUUGCCUGCAGAUCCGUCCAGGGUGGGGUGGGGGGCUUCCCUGCCCCCUGCCCGGGGCUGCCCUCACGUCCGUUCCUUGGCUCAUGGCCCCAAAGGUCCAACAGUGGCAGCAGUAGCAGGGCUAGACAGGGUGGGGGCGCUAGGGGGGCCCCUGUGACUGACGUCUCUCUGAAUCCCCCCUUGCUGCACCCCACUCUGGCUGCUGCGUCACUCGGGCUCUGCUUGAGGAUGGAGCUGCAGAGGGUCCCGCUGUCUCGCCCCUGAGCCCCCCAGGCACCCCCUCCCCCACGGGGAGGGAGCUCGGCAGCCCCCCCCACUCCACAGGCAGCCCCAGGAGCGGGUGGGGCGCAAUGUGAUGGCGAGUGAGCCUCCCACCCCCCCUGCCCGAGUGACGCGGACCAGCUCCCGCCUGACCUCUGGCCCCUGGAAGCGGCCAGCUGGGGCCUCCUCCUCCUCCGCUGCCGCCGCCGCCGCUGCCGCCACCUCACCCUUGCCCUGCUCCCCCAGCACCACUGUCCCUGGCUGGCCCCGCUUCUGGGAAGGGCAGGAUGUCUUGGCCAGGUGGACCGACGGGCUUCUCUACUUGGGCACCAUCAAGAAGGUGGACCCCCUUCGGCAGGUUUGCCUGGUGCAGUUUGAGGAUGACUCCCAGUUCCUCGUUCUCUGGAAGGACAUUAAUCCAGCGGCCGUGCCAGGGGAAGAGCAGGCGUGUUGCGUGUGCCACUUGGAGGCUGUGAGCCCAGAAAACCGCCUGGUGAGGUGCGAAAAAUGCAGCCAUGCCUACCAUCAGGAGUGCCACCUUCCCAGAGUGCUCAGCGACAGUGCCUGGAUGUGCAGGCAGUGUGUCUUCGCUGUGGCGACCAAGCGGGGGGGUGCCCUCAAGAAGGGCCCUUACGCCAAAGCCAUGCUGGGCAUGAAGCUCGUGCUGCCAUACCAGCUCAAGACCCUGGAGUGGGACGCUGAGCACCUCACCAACCGGCAGCAAUGCUACUGCUACUGUGGUGGCCCUGGCGAGUGGAACCUGAAGAUGCUGCAGUGUUGCCAGUGCGCCCAGUGGUUUCAUGAGGCCUGCACCCAGUGCCUGAGCAAGCCCUUACUCUAUGGGGAUAGGUUCUACGUCUUUGAAUGCUGCGUGUGUGCGGGGGGCCCCGAGAGUGUCCGACGUCUCCCCCUGAGAUGGGUGGAUGUGGCCCAUCUCAUCCUCUACCACCUGAGCAUCUGUUGCAAGAAGAAGUAUUUUGACUUUGAGCGAGAGAUCCUCCCCUUUGCCAGCGAGAACUGGGACAGCCUCCUCCUGGGAGAGCUCUCAGACACGCCCAAGGGGGAGCGGUACAGCCAACUGCUUAGUGCGCUGACCAGCCACAAGGACAGGUUCAUCUCUGGGAAGGAAAUCAAGAAGCGCAAGGGCCUCUUUGGGCUGCACCUGCGGAUCCCACCUCCCGCACCACAGAUCCCAGACGGUCGCGGGGACAGCAGGUCACCCCUGAUCUCAGACAGCAGCUUCCUUUCAGGGCAGGGCAGGCGUGGGAAGGGGCCGGAGCGCAGGAGGGCCAGGCGGAAGCGGGGCGGGGGAAAGCCAGCCCUGAGCGUGGAGGAGCGCAGCACCCAGGAGAGGGAGCGGCUGGAGAGAGCCCUCACUCAGGAGGUGGUGCAGAACCCAGUCAGCGCUAACCAGAGCUAUGGCGGCUCCGGCGGCACUUCCAGCACCUACAACUUCCGCCGCACGGACGCCCGCUGCCAGGACAGCACCCCCAUCCGGAUGUUUGCCUCCUUCCAUCCCUCGGCCAACACCGCAGGGACCUUGAGCACAAGCAGCAGAGCCGCCCUCGAUCCUUGCGAUGCAGCUGCCUCGACGGAGCACGAGAGCCCUGAGCGGCCCAGUGUAUUUCUGCCCUGCUUGGCCCCUCCUGCUGCCGCCGCCACCACCACCACCACCACCACCAAGCGCCCAGCCCAGCCUCCGGCCCCUGCUCCCUCAGCCCUCUGCACACCUGCCAGCACCCCAUCCAGCAGCAGCUAUUUCGGGGCCAUGGGGCGUCUGGCCCGCGGGGAGGCGGUGCGGAUCUUGGCCCGCCGCAUCACCACAGACGGAACCGUCCAGUACCUGGUGGAGUGGAAUGGGGGAGGUAUGUUCUAGCCCCCGUGGCUGAGCUCCUUGGGGGUCCCUGCAUCCUCCUGGAACCAGACAGACCCCCAGGAACGCUCCUCCCGCGGAGAGCUCCAAGGCUGUAGGAUCCACAGCGGCUGUCCUGCCUUUGACAGAGUGGGGGGGCGACUGGAUGGGGCAGAGCACCUUCCCCCAGGAGCCUGGGGGGCAACACCGGCUCCCCCGCAAGGAACGUUGACUGUGCAGUUUAUUUCCAAGGCAGGGGGCAGCCGUUGGGGUGGGACUCGAGAAUUUCUGCUAGCUGCUGCCGCUUCCCCCCAAAAGCUGGGCCAUCGUCUUGGAGAGUUUAAUGUCAGCUUAUUUUUUUACUGUUUGUUGGUAAAAGGUUUUAUUUAAGGAGGCCUGAUGUGAGUGGAACAGGGCCCUGCUUCCCUUAGGGUAGAGAGGGAGGGGGGAGGGAGGGGCUUGCUUACCCCCUUCUUCCCCCACAACCGCCCGCCAUCUGCGCCUGCAUCGCCGCUUCUGUGUCUCGUGGCUGCCGCCGCUACGAACACUAACUGUACAAAGCACCACGCUGAAUAAAAAGCUUAUGGUAGAGA